AUGUCCCUCGUGCAGGAGUUACACAUCCUGGUCAGAAAUUCUGGCUCCGUGUCUAGGGCUGAUCUGAUGCGCUACUUCGGCUACAAUGUCGAAGUUCACAAUGUUACCACGGCUGACGGCUACAUCUUAGAAGUGGACAGGAUGCCUUCGAAAUUGACGGAUAACGCCACUACAUCCAGAACACCUCUGCUGCUUGUUCACGGUCUGCUCACGAACGCCGCCACCUGGACCGCGAACCUACGCUUUCAAAGUCCAGGAUUCCUCUUAGCAGAUGCUGGAUUUGAUGUAUGGCUCGUAAACACCAGGGGUGUGCCACAGUCGAAUCGCCAUGUAAAUCUAACCACGAACGACAAACGGUUCUGGAACUGGAGCUUGGAGGAGAUUAGCACACAAGACCUUCCAGCCGUAAUCGAUUACAUCUUGAACAUGACAAAUUUCACGAAGGUGGGCCUGCUGACAACAUCGCAAGGAACAACAGCCUCACUGGUCCUUCUCUCUAUGCGACCAGAAUACAACCAGAAGGUGAACAUUCUCGUCGGCUAUGCUCCAGUGGCAAACAUCACGCACUUCACAUCUCCGAUGAGGUGGCUCGUUCCUUUCUCAAAGCUAGUCAAGGCGGUGAACGACUUCUUCACGCGUGGUGGAUUCUUGGUCUCGAAUGCAGUGCGACAAAAGAAGGUUGCCUGGAUGUGCGAUCACCGUUUUUUCCGCAACCUCUGCUACAAGCCACUGGCCUUCCUGUACGCCAUCAGCACGUGCGGCACGCAUUCCGGUGUACACACAUACAAUGUGCUCAAGGAUGCACAUAGCAUCCACCACUUCGUAAUUGGUCUGACAGUAUACCGGGGAGAUGGUGACAUUUUCGCCAAUCCACAAGACGUGCACGACCUUGCCGAGCGUCUACGAUGCAUCCUCGUGGUGAAUCAGACCGUGCCGGAUCCCCUAUUUGGUCAUCUUGACUUCAUCUACGGCUACAAUGCUACUGAUAUACUCCACCAUCACAUGGUAGAGCUCUUCAAGAACUGCAACUCGACCGAUGAAGACUCAACAGUGACCCGGAACAACGGCGCACUCGACUUGCGUCUUGCGUCCAAGGACUGCGCGGGGGCCGACUGCACCGGUGACUGCUUCCGCUGA